AUGAACGAAUUCUCGGCCAAUUUUCAAGAGCCACUGCCUCCAAAGGUCCAUACGGAGUUCAGUGCGAGCUUCGUGCAACAUAAAUGGAAUGCCAAUUUAUCUCACAUCACUUCCGGCUGGAUACAGUUCUCUGCUGAACACCAAUACGUCCGCGCCCUCGAAGCAUUCGAAGGCAAUCUCGCCUCGUCCGCCUUCGAUUUCUCGAACAAGACCUCAAAUGGGCAGGUCAGCAACGUGAUGAUCACGUACGAAGCCAAUAGUACGCGACCUAGCGUGUGGACUGGAUAUGUCGAUCCAGGCUUCCCCAUUUUCCAGCCUCGGAUCCUGUUGGAUUCUCAAGCAGUCUUUAGCGGGCUCGUCCAGCGACCAUUCUUCAAUGACAAAGUUGCUUCGUGGAAUAUCCUUUACGGAGGUGAAUUGCCUACCACUGUCUACACGACUGAUUGCGGCGUUGUAAUUGGCUACGAUUUCUUCUCUCCUAGCCUAAGAACUAGGGCUAUUACACAGUUCUUCAACAUUGAGGUCUAUUGA